UACUCUCUCCUUCUCGUUCUGGAAUUUUUGACUUCAUUAAAAGUACCACAAACUUACAUUAUUUUAUUUCAUUUCAUUUGAUUUUAAGCUUCUUACUUUUAUGAAUAAUAAUAAAUAUUAUAAUAUACUUCGAUCACAAGUUCAUCAAACUCCAGGCACAUUUCUGUUUCUAGGCCUCUUUCCCAAUUCAAAGUCAGCUCUUUUCCCGCUCAAAUUGUGCUUCACCAAAUCUAACCAUAUAAACUGAGUUGGUUUUUAAUUUUUAUUACCCACUUGCAAAAUUUCAAUUAUUUUUCUGGUUUUGAAUUUAUACAUUAGACAAUAGCUUAUAUGCUGGUAUGCAUGCUGCCCAUGAAGUCAGAGAAAUGAACACUAAACCUGGCACGUCUCAACAGAUUCGUAGACUUCCUCUUACUAGUCAAAAUGUAGUUAUAUUCACAUAAAGAAAAGAAAUGGAAAAGGGUAGAAAUUCUUUUUCCUUAGAGGUAGAUAAAGUUUUGCAAUUGUCACAGGACAAUAAGGUUGAAAUGCAGGGAAUUAGAUCACCAACAAAUGCACAGAAAGCUACAAUUAUGAAGGGAAGUCAAAGGAGUAAAGAGAAGAAACUGGCCUUAAUACAAGAUGUUGAUCGAUUGAAAAAGAAGCUUAGAGAUGAAGAGAACAUAAAUAGAGCACUCCAAAGAGCCUUUAAUAGGCCUUUGGGUGCUCUACCUCGUCUUCCUCCAUAUCUUCCUGCAAAUACACAGGAACUUCUUGCAGAGAUAGCUGUCCUGGAAGAGGAGGUGGUUCGGCUCGAAGAACAGGUUGUUACUUACAGGCAUAAUUUGUAUCAAGAAGCUGUGUUCAUUUGCUCCAAGAGAAAAUUAGAGAAUCCUGUUGAUUACUACGAACGAAUUCUGAGUAGAUGUUCUUCUAAGGAAGAUCCUUCUGAUUCAGAAAUAUCUCCAUUAUCAGUUACUAGAAUGGUGUCUACUUCUUCCGACAUUGUGUCUGAUCGAUCUUGGUUAUCACUAGCUCGAACCACUUCGACUUCAUCUGACAUUGUUUCUGAUCAAACUGGUCAUCGUAGUAGACAAAAAUCUAGUGAUUUGAUGAAUGGCAAAGAAGAAGACGAUCCAAGAUAUUCGAUAUCUUUCAGAAACAUAGAGUUUUCUGAAAGGAAACUUUCUAGAGUUAAGACUCCAGUUAAGAAAAAGUCUUCUUUCAAGCGUCAACCUUCACAGAAAUCUGCAGUAAAUAAGGAAUUAGGAGGAGACAGUGAACCAAACAAAAUCUCUGAGGAUAUUAUGAAAUGCUUGUGUAGCAUUUUUGUGAGGAUGGGUGCAACAAAUGAUAAAGGGACUUCAUUAGACACUUCUUAUUCUUUGUCAUUCGUUUCCAGCCGACAAAAGAAAGAUGUGGAGAUUCAUGAUCCUUAUGGAACUUCUGUAGAAUUGAUGGAUAGAGAUAUUGGUGCUUACAAGGAGUUUUGCACCGUUGAUGUUAUCUCAUUCGAUCUUAAACGGAAAAGAAAUGCACUUUUCUUGCUUCAUAAACUUAAGCUUCUCCUUGGAAAGCUUGCGAAAGUAAGCUUGGACGGUCUUAGCCAUCAGCAUAAGCUUGCGUUUUGGAUAAACACUUACAAUGCUUGCUUGAUGAAUGUUUUUCUGGAGCACGGAAUACCCGACAGUCCUGAAAAGGUUGUUUUAUUAAUGCGUGAGGCAACGAUAACGGUGGGAGGCCAGAGAAUGAAUGCGAUCACAAUCGAGCAUUUCAUUUUACGACUUCCAUUUUAUGUAAAACAGGGUAGUAAAAGAUCGGCCAAAGGCGAUGAUCUGAAGGCAAGCGAAAUGUUUGGUUUGGAGAGUGUGGAGCCGUUAGUUACAUUUGCCUUGUCUUGCGGAAGUUGGUCAUCUCCGGCUGUGCGAGUGUACACGGCAUCACAAAUAGAAAGCGAGUUAGAAGUGGCAAAGAGGGAGUAUCUGCAAGCAGCAGUUGGAGUUUCAAAGGACAAUAAGUUGGUAUUACCAAAGCUGUUAGAUUGGUAUCAACUCGACUUUGCAAAAGAUAUGAAGUCACUGAUUGAUUGGAUUUGUCUCCAGUUUCCUGAUGAUCUUAGGAAACAAGCAUUUAGCUGCCUAGAGAGGAAAGAAAAAGUUCCUCUCUCGGAUUUAGUAGAAGUGAUACCAUAUGAUUUCAAUUUCAGGUACAUUAUACAUCCAUAACAUUCGCGUUCUUCACUCGACUAUGAUUUUCUUCUCCUUCAGUCCCAGAUCAAUUUUUGGUAUAUAAUUUGUUAGCACAAAAAUAUACAGAAGUACAUAGAAAGCUUUUUUGUUUGGAGUUGCUUUACGAGGCAGUGAAGUUGAUUAACCUGUAUACCUCCACAAAUGGAGCUUCUGUAAACAUGAUUUGUGUUCAAUAGGCUUAUGUAAUUAGUCUCUUUUGUUCAAUUUAAACUUUAAAGCACUCCACAUUCUUUAUUUUAAGAUACAACUGUGAACUGUAGUUAAUAAAAUCAGAUGCUUUCUUGUAG